GGAUCAUGCCGAGCUCCAGCUUUGCUACAUAGCUUUGCUGCUUCGGUACCGGUCCCAUUGCCUAUAAUUCUCAACCAGAGCUUAUUUAUUCACAAUCGCAUGAGGGAAGAAGAUACGAUAUCUACUUAACCUAACUCAUAUUGUAAUAGAAGACAGGCGUGUAGCUACCUAACCUAACCUAACCUAGCAUAUUCCUUGCUAGCUAACAUGGCUCGCAACGGUCCUCCUGGUGAUAAUGAUGUUUUCGAGGGCCUUUUGAAGUCCGAGGCUGCAUCCGUAGAACAGAAAGCGGCGGCGGAACGGGCCCAAGCUCACGAGGCGGAAUCGGAGCGGAGAGCAAUCGAAUUGCUGUUACAAAAUCAAACACUUCCCGUCACUUUGUCUUCUAUCGAGAUCAAUGGCGCCAACAAUACCCGCGAAUCAUUCCUCGCCCCCCUCUUCCAACCUCUCCUCGAAGAUAGUCGCAAUGCCGAUUAUACCCUCGCCGACAUGCUAAAUCAAGUGGGCGGAGCAGUUGAAAAUUUACAAAAAUUCGAUAUCUUCCAGCCCAACAUUAUCUUGCACUUGUCUCGACCGCCUCAUCUCGACCCAUCUUCCUCUCCCACAGACCUCGACGUUUCUCUUCGGGUGCGAGAAAAGUCUCGACUUCUUCUUAAGACCGGUACGGAUCUAGGUAACACAGAAGGUUCGGCGUAUGGCUCUAUGCUAUGGAGGAACAUAUUUGGAGGCGCCGAAUCUCUAUCGCUAAAUGCAUCUGCCGGUACAAGGACGCGUUCGGCGUAUAGUGCCGAAUUUGCUACUCCGAUCCGAAGCAAUCCCAACUUACGGCUCAGCAUCGAAGGCCUCGCGAGCAGUACGCAGAAACCAUGGGCGAGUCAUGAGGAAGUUGUCAAAGGCGGAGGUAUUAAGCUACAUUGGCUGAAAGACAAUGGCGAUCGGCAUCAAUUCGGUUACUCCGGCGCUUGGAGGCAGUUGACAGGCCUCUUAGCUGAGGCGAGUCCUACCGUUCGAGGCGACGCGGGAGACUCCACCAAGAGCGCCAUAUCUUACCUAUUCCAGAGAGAACGGAGAGAUAACCCCAUGUUACCACAAAGCGGAUACCUCGUUAAGACAAGUACGGAGCUUGCCGGGUGGGCUUCUCUAGGUGGAGAUGUUGCUUUCUCCAAGAGUGAAUUGGAGGUUGCCGGCGCGAUACCCAUCCCCAUACCCGGAAUCCGGAAAUCUUCCGGUGUCUCCAUCGGCGGUGGUUUCCGAGCGGGUCUGCUUUACCCCCUUCCGUUAACAUUCGGUCUGAGCGGUGCUUCGCCUAGUCGAAUCAACGAUCGAUUUACACUUGGAGGUCCGACCGACGUGAGAGGCUUUUCGCUAGGCGGACUCGGUCCCAGAGAUGGCAGUGAUGCCGUUGGUGGGGAUAUUUACGCGGCAGGUAGCGUAAAUAUGCUCAUCCCUCUCCCCCGCGUCGGACCCGAGUCCCCGUUCCGGCUUCAGCUCUUUGCCAACGGCGGCAGAUUGGUAGCGAUGAAGAACAAAUCCAAAGGUAGCGACGAAUCGACAAGUCAACGCCUCAGUGCCGGUACGGUAUUCGAUGGCAUGGUCUCGGCAACCAAGGACCUCAGCACAGGACUACCGAGCAUUGCCGCUGGCGUAGGACUUGUAUAUGCGCACCCGAUCGCGAGGUUUGAACUAAACUUUAGCUUGCCAUUGGUAUUGAGGCGGGGGGAGGAGAGCCGAAAAGGACUACAGGUCGGUGUUGGAAUAAAUUUCCUCUGAUCUUAUUUCGCCAAAAAAGAAAAACGGUGCCAGGAGAGCAUUUGAUGUAAAUAUCUACCAUUCACCCAUCCCGCCCCUUUUGUAAAUAUCAAAGCCGAAUCGCCUCAUGUCAAAAAUACUAAGAAGUUCCUCCCCGAAGCAAGGUAUCUGGAUGAAACAAUAGAAUAGAAAUCACUUGAUGUUUCAAGCGUUGGCUCGAAUAUAACAGGUAGCCAGGUAAAGGUUGAGAUGUGAAGAGCAACGGCAUAUGAUGGCAUCGGAGUUAGCGUUACAUUAAAAGCUAUCAAUU